GCCCCCACUGGCCCACUCACACUGACUCAUACUAACGCCGUCUCACCAACACAUCACCCCCUUCUUCUACUGCUUCUUCUUCUUCUUCUCUCUCUCUUUCUCUCUCUCUCUCUCUCACAGCCUCAACUUUCAGUUGCUGCUCCCGUGGCACCUGCUUUUGUUAAAGUUGGUGGUUGUGUAAGAUAAAAAGGCGGUUAUUUAAUUUGUUCUACUAUGGGUGCUGCUUGUUGCGUUGCUUCAAGAGAUAAAACUAUUCAAAGCGGAUCAACCAGUGAUAUUUUGCAUCGCAAUGUUCGGUGCUCCCCAACGUGGAGCUUUCGCUGGGAUCAUCGGGGGCGUGUGGCUGGUGAAGAUACUUCUAUCAAUUGGUUUUCUGAUGGGGUUAGCAGGAACGAUGGUUCAGAGCAUAAAAAUGGAUCAGCUUACGUAUCAGAGGAUGGAAGUCCAUUGCAGAUUCAUCAAAGAAAUAGAUGCCAAAAAUCCUUUGUAUCCGAAGGAACUGCUGCACAACCCAGAAAUUCUACUUCAGAUCAAUCAAUUUCAAGGGAUGUUUCCAUUGAUGUGAGUGUGGAUCAGGUGAAGGGUUUGGCAGAAUCAUCAAUAGUAUCAUGUCCAUCUCCCACAAAACCAUCAUUACUGUCAACUUCAUUGUCGGCGUCUCCUAUAUCCUCCCAAAGUAAUAUACCUCCUUCAGGUACAACUCCAUUAAGGUGGCCUGGCCAUUCAACAGGACACCAACUGUUUCGGCAAGUCUCUGAUAGCAGAAUCCCAGCAUUUAAGUCACCAAGCAGCUUUUCUGUGUCUGAAGAAAGGCCAUUGCAUCAUCCUUCAUGGAGCAAUGAAUCAGGGAUGGGCUCACAUGGUGGAUCUUCAGAUGGUUGGUCUAUACCUGGCUAUUCUGAGCUUAUGGGGACUCCCCACAAAGAAAGAUGGUCAUUUGACAGCGAGUCCUUUGGAUUUAAUCGUGAAAGGUUGCUCAAUUCCAGUAGUCAGUUUUCAACUUCACCAGUUGAUUUGCAAACAUGUGGUGUUUGCUCGAGGCUUUUAACUGAGAAGUCUUCUUGGAGCACCCAAAAGAUAAUUGCAAAUAAUGACCUGUCUGUAGUUGCUGUUCUUACCUGCGGACAUGUCUAUCAUGCUGAAUGUUUGGAGAGUUUGACACCUGAAGUAAACAAGUAUGAUCCUGGUUGUCCAGUCUGUACUUUUGGUGAGAAACAAACUUUGAAGCUGUCCGAAAAAGCUUUGAAAGCUGAAAUGGAUUUAAAGGCUAGAAACAAGAAAUCAAGGAAUCGGGUUGUGGACAGUGAUAUUGAUGAUGAGUCAAUUGUGUAUGAUCACUUUAAAGGCAGAGGACUUAAAGGGAAAGCUCCAAGGAUGGAAUCUAGUUCCAGUGGGAGAAGCUCGUUUGGGAAACCAUUUCUGAGGCGACACUUUUCACUUGGAUCAAAGGGUUCUAGAUCCAUGUUAGAUAACCACCCUACAAAAAAGAAGGGAUUCUUUUGGGCAAAAUCUAGCAAGCAGUAAUUUACAUCUUGGAAGUUGGAAGGAUUCAAUAUUGACCUUCUCAGCGACCUCAAAAGACUGAUGAUGGGGGCAAGAUUUAUUCUAUGGCAUCUGUAUGCACUUCUGGUCUGUGAUCUCAACUUGAUUGAAGGCUGAAAUUACUGUGAAAAGAAGAGACACAGAAGUAUAAGAUCAAUAUACAAACGUAAAAGAAAUACUAGUACUUUGAGACCAAGGGUCUUUCCGUAUUGUACAGGUCGAUUUGUUUAUUUCAUGGAUAUAAAUUCACAUAUAUCCAACUGAUAUCUUCUUGUAAGUGGCUCUGCUGAUUUGUAAUGCAUGUUUUUAGCCCCUGCUGUUGGGCAAUUAUUGUCUUGGCUGAUUGUUAGGCAAUACCAAUUAUUUUGAUUUUGACUAAGCUGGUUACUUUAAUGAAACAACAGUUCCAGGAUAGCCUUGUUUUCGUAGCACAUUGAAUUAAUUGUUUGAUUGAUUCUGUAGUUCACUAGGAUGGGGAAACCAACUCGAAUAUUCUGGUCCUUAUUCAUAGAAUGUUGAAAAUUAAAUCAAGUAAUUAACUGA